GGACUGGGUCUUUAAUCAACGAGGUCCUGAAAGUUACAAAUAGUUAUAAUCCCUUGUGCUUCUUUAGAUAAAUGUUUGUGAAUCUCAAGUUUUUAUACAGUUAUCGCAAUAAUAAUUAAGUUUUUUUUCGAGAAGUUAUAAAUGAUUUGUUUUCAAAGGAGGUAAAUAUCGAGUUCCAUGACGAUCUGACAGGACCUGGGAGACGCUGCUUCUUCCGCCUUGGCCUGGCCUUAGCAGAGAGUAUCUGUUGCAGUCAUGUCGGCUGCGAUUGCAGCUCUAGCUGCUUCGUAUGGCUCGGGCUCGGGGUCCGAAUCGGAUUCGGACAGUGAGGGCAGUCGGUGUCCGCUGCCAGCCGCGGACUCUCUCAUGCACUUGACCAAAUCGCCUUCAGCCAAGCUCUCUCUGACCGUGGCGGUGGACUCGGCUCCGGAGGUGGCAGUUAAGGAAGACCUGGAGACUGGAGUUCACCUUGACCCUGCCGUCAAAGAAGUUCAGUAUAAUCCCACCUAUGAGACCAUGUUCGCUCCUGAGUUUGGACCAGAAAAUCCCUUUCGAACACAGCAAAUGGCUGCCCCUAGAAAUAUGCUUUCUGGGUAUGCAGAGCCAGCACAUAUCAAUGACUUCAUGUUUGAGCAGCAAAGAAGAACAUUUGCUACGUAUGGCUAUGCACUGGACCCUUCGUUAGAUAAUCACCAGGUGUCUGCUAAGUAUAUUGGCUCUGUGGAAGAAGCGGAGAAGAACCAAGGCUUGACUGUAUUUGAAACUGGUCAGAAGAAAACAGAAAAGAGGAAAAAGUUCAAAGAAAAUGAUGCAUCUAAUAUUGAUGGUUUCUUGGGACCAUGGGCAAAAUAUGUGGAUGAAAAAGAUGUGGCCAAACCUUCAGAAGAAGAACAAAAGGAAUUGGAUGAAAUCACAGCAAAGAGGCAGAAAAAAGGCAAACAGGAAGAAGAGAAACCUGGGGAGGAGAAGACAAUCUUACAUGUUAAAGAAAUGUAUGACUAUCAAGGCAGGUCCUACCUUCACAUACCUCAGGAUGUUGGUGUUAAUCUACGGUCAUCUGUGCCACCUGAAAAAUGUUACCUUCCCAAAAAACAAAUUCACGUGUGGUCUGGACACACAAAGGGUGUCAGUGCCGUCAGGCUCUUUCCUCUUUCUGGACAUUUGUUGCUGUCUUGCUCCAUGGACUGUAAAAUUAAGCUAUGGGAAGUUUAUGGAGACCGGCGCUGUCUGAGAACAUUUAUUGGUCACAGUAAAGCUGUGAGAGACAUCUGCUUCAACACUGCAGGAACACAGUUCCUCAGUGCGGCCUACGACAGGUACCUUAAACUCUGGGACACUGAGACAGGACAGUGUAUAUCAAGAUUUACAAACCGCAAAGUACCCUACUGCGUCAAGUUCAAUCCCGAUGAAGAUAAGCAAAAUCUCUUUGUGGCUGGGAUGUCUGAUAAGAAGAUCGUACAGUGGGACAUCCGCAGUGGAGAGAUUGUUCAGGAAUAUGAUCGGCAUCUGGGGGCUGUCAACACGAUUGUUUUUGUCGAUGAGAACCGAAGAUUCGUGAGUACAUCUGAUGAUAAAAGCCUACGAGUUUGGGAAUGGGAUAUCCCUGUGGAUUUUAAGUACAUAGCAGAGCCCAGCAUGCACUCCAUGCCUGCAGUGACUUUGUCUCCAAAUGGAAAAUGGCUAGCAUGCCAAUCAAUGGACAACCAAAUCUUAAUUUUUGGAGCACAGAACAGAUUCAGAUUGAAUAAGAAGAAAAUUUUUAAGGGCCACAUGGUAGCAGGCUACGCUUGUCAGGUAGACUUCUCACCAGACAUGAGCUAUGUGAUUUCAGGAGAUGGAAAUGGGAAAUUAAACAUCUGGGACUGGAAGACCACAAAACUCUACAGUCGCUUUAAAGCCCAUGAUAAAGUGUGCAUAGGCGCAGUGUGGCACCCCCAUGAGACCUCCAAGGUCAUCACGUGUGGUUGGGACGGCCUCAUUAAGUUGUGGGAUUAAUGGGAUUAGUCCUUUCACUGUCUGGGGUCAUUUCUGAUCCAGUGUCUUAUUUAACUAUUUAAUUAUUAAAACGUGUUGGAUGACAGUUUGACUUAUAGGUAAUCUUUUCUUAUAUGGCCUUAUGAAGUUGGCCUAUUGUUUUUAAGAGCUUGGUAAAUUUGCCUCAGAGAAGUUCAACAGCAACUUCAUUUUGUUCUUUAUAGAUGUUAUUUAUA